AUGGCAAAUGUGGCGGGAUCGGGCUGCGCCGGAGCCACCCAGCUGCGGCAUUGGGAGUAUGCCUUCAGCAAGGAGGAGCUGCGGAAGCCGCUCUCUGCUAGAGCUGGAAGGAGUCCUCGCGAGCGUUGCCGGCUUCUCCAGCGUUCGAAGCUGUCGUCUCGGCCGGUGAAGCCACGGGGUCGAGGUGGUGUGGCCGUACAACAGCUGGCGGAGCUUGCAGAGGGUUGCUGGGGCUCUGCCACGCGAAACAGCUCGGCAGAAGAUGAGGGCAGCCUUGCAAAGCAGGAAGCCGUCCUCCAGGUUGCCGAGUCCUGGCCGUCAGUCGGCGAGGAGAAGGAGGAACUCCCGAGCUUCCAACAUCGUCCAGGGGUCAACGGCUUGCUCCUGGGCUUCGAGUCAAAGGAUGCAUUCUACGGCCAAAGGUCCGGUGCGGAGGUGGAGCAGGAGCUUGCUCGGCUCGCGAUGCUUCUCCAAAACCUUCUGCGAGAGUUUGCCAUCCUCAAGGACUCUGUGGGACAUCUGGAAGAUGAGACCGGCAGUGUCCAGGAAGUGGGAAACAGGCUCGAAAGAAACUGCCUCAAUCAGCUGGAGGAAGUCAACCAGGGCAUUUCGUUAAAGAUGAAUUCCAUGGCUUCCAAGGUUGAUGAGGCGACUGCAGCGGUGGCUAAGACGGACAAGUUCAUCAACUCCAAGUUUCAGGCUUUGCUGCAGCGCACGGAUGCGAGAUGUGAAUCCGUGGAGUCGAUGUGGGAGGACUUCCGGAACGGCGUUCACGAGCGAUUCGAGUCGAACGAGCUCAGUAGAGAGGAUUGGUCACGACGGCUGCAGCAGCAACUUCAGUCGACGCAUCAAUUCGCAGAGGAUCUUUCCGGCCGUCUGGAUGCUCGCCAUGCACAGUCCAAAACGUGGGUGGAGGAGUUGCGAAGUGAAACUUUCAACCACAAGUACCAGCUGUCGUGGCUGAACCAGGAGAUGGACUGCCAGAAGCAGCUGAUGGUGGCCAGGGUGGCUGAGGUAGAGAAGGCCGCUGCCGACAGCGCCGCAAAGCAGGUGGCGGCUGCAAUCGAGCGUGAGGAUCAACUCCACACUCGACAAGCCUCAGCAGAGGAGGCUGCGCAGCAGAUGUUCAAGGACUUGAAGGCGCAAAUGCAGGAACAGCGGGACUCCGAGACCGAGGAAAGGCUCAAGCUGUCCCAGUCUCUUGUGGAGUUGGAGAAGCGAGUCGCCAGUCAGAUCGACGAGCAGGUGAAUUGCGAGGAGCGCCUUCGAAGUCGACAUGACUCGGCAGUCGAGGCUGCGCAGCAGAUGUUCAAGGAGUUGAAGGCGCAAAUGCAGGAACAGCGGGACUCCGAGACCGAGGAAAAGCUCAAGCUGUCCCAGUCUCUUGUGGAGUUGGAGAAGCGAGUAGCGGGGCACGAAGAGACGCACACGAAGGUGCAGGCUCUGCUGGAGGACAGCGAUACUCAGAUUCGCGCCGCCGAAGAGCGAACCCUCGAGCACUGCAACCAGGUUCUUGACGACUUGCAUUAUGAACUCACAGCCUCCAUGGAGGACGAAGGCAAGCGGCUUCAACAAGAAUGCCUGCAAGAACUGGACAAAAUCAACGAGGACAUUGAGCUGAAGAUGACUUCCAUGGCUUCCAAGGUUGAUGAGGCCACAGCGACGUUGGCCGACACAAAAGCCUUCAUCGUCUCAGAGCUAGAGGUCCUGCAGCGGCACACGGACGGAAGAUGUGAAUCUGUCGAGUCGAUGUGGGAGGACUUUCGCAGAGGCAUUCUGGAGCGCCUCGAUUCCAACAAGCUCACCACAGAGGAGCUUUCGGAGCGGUUGGAUGCUCAUCAUGCUCAGUCGAAGAAGUGGGUGGAGGAGUUGCGAAGUGAAGCUUCCAAGGAAAAGCAGAAGUUGUCGUGGCUGAUCCAGGAGAUGGGCCGCCAGAAGCUCGAGACGAGAUCGCCCGGAGUUGCGGAAGCCGCGCGUGGAGAGGUGAGACCGCAAGUUUCGCGUGCCGUAGAGCCGCCGGCCGCAGCGGCGUCACAGGAGGCAGCUGUGGCUUCCAAGCCUCCGCUUGAGCCCUUGGAGAGGAAGGCUGACCUGGCUCCCGAGGAGGCCGUGAUUCCCACGCCCUCGCCUUCGAGCGCAGCGCCAGCCGAAGCAUCCAGGCCCCAGACCGUGUCGGCGGAGCACACCGACGGAUCUGCCGAGGAGGCGCCACGAGAGUCGCCUGCCACAGAACCGCCGGCAGCAGCUGCAUCGCAGGAGGCAGCUGUGGCUUCCGAGCCUCCGCUUGAGCCCUUGGAGAGGAAGGCUGACCUGGCUCCCGAGGAGGCCGUGAUUCCCACGCCCUCGCCUUCGAGCGCAGCGCCAGCCGAAGCAUCCAGGCCGCAGACCGUGUCGGCGGAGCACACCGACGGAUCUGCCGAGGAGGCGCAAGAGUCGCCUGCCACAGAGCCGCCAACAGCAGCUGCAUCGCAGGAGGCAGCUGUGGCUUCCAAGCCUCCGCUUGAGCCCUUGGAGAGGAAGGCUGACCUGGCUCCCGAGGAGGCCGUGAUUCCCACGCCCUCGCCUUCGAGCGCAGCGCCAGCCGAAGCAUCCAGGCCGCAGACCGUGUCAGCGGAGCACGCCGACGGAUCUGCCGAGGAGGCGCAAGAGUCGCCUGCCACAGAGCCGCCAACAGCAGCUGCAUCGCAGGAGGCAGCUGUGGCUUCCAAGCCUCCGCUUGAGCCCUUGGAGAGGAAGGCUGACCUGGCUCCCGAGGAGGCCGUGAUUCCCACGCCCUCGCCUUCGAGCGCAGCGCCAGCCGAAGCAUCCAGGCCCCAGACCGUGUCGGCGGAGCACACCGACGGAUCUGCCGAGGAGGCGCCACGAGAGUCGCCUGCCACAGAACCGCCGGCAGCAGCUGCAUCGCAGGAGGCAGCUGUGGCUUCCAAGCCUCCGCUUGAGCCCUUGGAGAGGAAGGCUGACCUGGCUCCCGAGGAGGCCGUGAUUCCCACGCCCUCGCCUUCGAGCGCAGCGCCAGCCGAAGCAUCCAGGCCCCAGACCGUGUCGGCGGAGCACACCGACGGAUCUGCCGAGGAGGCGCCACAAGAGUCGCCUGCCACAGAACCGCCGGCAGCAGCUGCAUCGCAGGAGGCAGCUGUGGCUUCCGAGCCUCCGCCUGAACGGGUCCUGGCGGAGGAUGUUCACCGGUCUAACGAGGUCACCUACGGGGUUUCUGGAUCCUCUGGUCAGACAGGAAGCGAGGCAUCAUCUGGGAGCCAGCCUUCGGCAAGCGACGGCGGGAGACCGGCAGCGGCGGCGCUCACGGAGUCGUCGAUAAGUUCGGAGAGCCGCUCAGGCGACGCACCCGGCCCAUACAGACCCGGGGCACAAGCACGCGCAAGAGGCGGUUCGGCUUCCAGUGCAGAUGCAGCGAGCAAGCCGCUGGAAACAGAAGGGAGCAGUUCGAUUUCUUCGUCCUGGGAGGGAACCGGACCCGGAAAGCCGGAAAGCGGCAGAGUUAUGGCGACCCGAAUGCUGGCUGAUGCGCUCAAAAGUUUCUCCGGUGAUCUCCGGCAGGCAGCGAGAAGUAUUUCAUCUCGGCUUUCCUCGCCCACUAGCUCCCAUCGACCGAGUCUGGCCCCUUCUCCGGCGACUUCUCCCAGGGAGGAGCUUCGUGCCAGCUCGCGUCACAGAACCGCUCCUGCCGCCCUGGCGAAGGAAUCGCCUCCAUCCGUGGAGCCAGCUGCACAGCGCGAUGUGGAAGCUACUGCGAAGAAAGCGACAGGGCAGGUUGCAGCGCCAGCUGCGGGAGCUCAGGGCACUGCAUCGUCAGCACCCUCACCUGGGAGACCACGCUCAGCUGCUGAGGUGGUGGCGUCGCGCAAGUCUUCUGCUGCGGAGCCGAUUGCAGAAGAUGCAGUCCACAAGGCAGCCACGGGUUCUGCAUCUCCACUUUCGCGACCAUCGAGUGAGGAAGGGCGCGGGCCUGAUAGCAGCUCGCGGGCCCAUGCUGAUGCGGCUCCCAAAGAGGUGGCGUCGCGCAAGCCUUCUGCUGCGGAGCCGAUUGCAGAAGAUGCAGUCCAGAAGGCAGCCACGGGUUCUGCAUCUCCACUUUCGCGACCAUCGAGUGAGGAAGGGCGCGGGCCUGAUAGCAGCUCGCGGGCCCAUGCUGAUGCGGCUCCCAAAGAGGUGGCGUCGCGCAAGCCUUCUGCUGCGGAGCCGAUUGCAGAAGAUGCAGUCCACAAGGCAGCCACGGGUUCUGCAUCUCCACUUUCGCGACCAUCGAGUGAGGAAGGGCGCGGGCCUGAUAGCAGCUCGCGGGCCCAUGCUGAUGCGGCUCCCAAAGAGGUGGCGUCGCGCAAGCCUUCUGCUGCGGAGCCGAUUGCAGAAGAUGCAGUCCACAAGGCAGCCACGGGUUCUGCAUCUCCACUUUCGCGACCAUCGAGUGAGGAAGGGCGCGGGCCUGAUAGCAGCUCGCGGGCCCAUGCUGAUGCGGCUCCCAAAGAGGUGGCGUCGCGCCAGUCUUCUGCCGCGGAGCCGAUUGCAGAAGAUGCAGUCCAGAAGGCAGCCAUGGGCUCCGCGCCUCCACUUUCGAGACCGUCGCGUGAGGGAGAUCGCAGGUCGGACAGCACCUUGGCAGACGGUGCUGAUGCGGCUCCCAAAGAGGAUUCAGAGCCGGCCUCACAGCCGUCACAAGUGCCUGCGUCAUCACAGACUUCCAGCCCGCCUGAUGUCUCGGGCCUUCCGAUGGAGGAUGCACUGAAGGUGCUCCUGAGUUCCGUGAACCGCGCCUCACAGGAGCUAGCACUUCUUACCCAGGAUGAGCCCGGCAAGAAGGUCACUCGCGCGGCUUCCGGAUCCUUUGGCCAAGGCCGAGGAAAUGAGGCAUCCUCGGGGAGCCAGCCUUCGGCCAGCGCCGGAAGGACACCGGCAGCCGCCGCGCUCACGGAGUCGUCGAUGAGUUCGGAGAGCCGCUCAGGCGACGCGGCUUCCAGCGCAGAUGCAGCGAGCAUUCCGCUGGAAACAGAAGGUCGUGCCGAAGGGCCAGUCGACGCAGAGCCGCUUGAAACAGGUGAGGCGACAUCCAGCGCGGAUGCAAGACGCCUGCCGGAAACCGAUCGCGUCGGAAAUCUGCCGGAUCCAUCGGUUGGUUUGGCAGGAGUCAACUGGAGUGCCGUGGAUCUCAACACCGGCUUGGAAGACAGCGGAAUGCUGAAACAGAUCAGCUUCAUGAGCAACGAGGAGAAAUCCGGGCUGUCCCUGAGCUCGCACUCUCCAGGCAGCCAGGCGGCAGGUGUUGCCGAGACGUACCAAGAGGGCUCGGAAAGCAGUGCGGUCAACUCGGAGGAGGAUCUCCCCGUGUUUGGUUCGCUGCCGGCUGCGCGUCCACCGGCGGAGGAGCCUUUGCCCUCUUUCGGACCACGGAGCUCCCGGCCCUGGAGCCCCGGACGCGCCUACUCAGGCAGUCGGAUGCAGCUGGACGAGGAUUCAGAUGGCUCCCUGGCUCCGGACAGCGACGGCUUCCUUGACUUAGACCUCAUCUGA